GCGGCGCCGGCGCUUCCGGCGACGUGUCUGAGGGGCGAUGGCGGCCGGGGCGGACGCGGCCUCUGCGGCUCAGGGCGGCGACGCCGACGAGCUGUUCGACGUGAAGAACAGCUUCUACAUCGGGGCCUACCAGGCCGCCAUCAACGAGGCUCAGCGGGUCAAGCCGUCUAAUGCAGAGAAGGAAAUGGAGAGGGAUGUCUUCCUGUUCAGAGCCUACAUUGCCCAGAGGAAAUAUGGUGUUGUCCUGGAUGAGAUUAAAGCCACUGCCAGCCCUGAGCUCCAGGCAGUGAGGAUGUUUGCAGAGUACCUUUCCAAUGAGAGUCAGAGGGAUGCAAUUGUUGCUGAUUUGGACAAGAAGAUGGCAAAAAGUGUUGAUGUGGCCAAUACAACCUUCCUGCUGAUGGCAGCUUCCAUCUACUUCCAUGACAGGAAUCCUGAUGCUGCUCUGCGCACUCUGCAUCAGGGGGAGAGCUUGGAAUGCAUGGCCAUGAUGAUACAGAUUCUCCUGAAGCUCGACAGGCUCGAUCUGGCUCGCAAAGAACUCAAGAAGAUGCAGGAGCAAGAUGAGGAUGCAACUCUGACUCAGCUGGCAACUGCCUGGGUGAACCUGGCCAUAGGUGGGGAGAAGUUACAAGAUGCCUAUUACAUCUUCCAGGAGAUGGCAGACAAGUGCUCUUCCACCCUCCUCCUCCUCAAUGGCCAAGCUGCCUGCUACAUGGCCCAGGGCAAGUGGGAUGAUGCAGAGGGAGUGCUGCAGGAGGCUUUGGACAAGGACAGUGGCCAUCCUGAGACCCUGAUCAACUUUGUUGUCCUGUCACAGCACUUGGGCAAACCCCCUGAGGUGACCAAUCGCUACUUGUCCCAGCUGAAGGAUGCACAUAAAAACCAUCCCUUCAUCAAGGAGUAUCAGGCAAAGGAGAAUGACUUUGAGCGACUGGCCAUGCAGUAUGCCCCCAGUGCCUGAGGAGAGGGAGGAGCCUGCCACUGCCCUGUGCUACCCUGGCAACUGCUGUGCAAAGCUUCUGGGUAAAACAGAGUGCCCUGGGCCUGGCUUGGCUCACCCUUGGCAGGAUCAGUGCCAAGCUGGUGCUCAGCCUGUGUAUAACGUGUAGCCAGGGGCAGUGAAAGGCUGUGUUGUUGCUUACCUGGGUCCUGAGCUCUGUUUAAAAUGCAGUGCACAGCAAGAGUGUGCAACACUGUAGCUUAAACAUUCCUAAUAAAGCCUUUCCUGGA